GUUCUCUCCUUCUACCGCUGGGAUCAAACUCGAAUGCCCAGGUUUGGCAACAAGCUGAGAGUGAACCUGCUGGGGUCUAAGAUGCUGACUACCUUAGGACGUGCAAAAGCCUGACCUGUCUGGCCACCGUGCACAUUUGGCUGACUGCCCUCACCAAACUUCUGAUGGCAAAUCUGUUCAGUGUGCUUCUGAGAGUCUGCUGAGGAAUGAUGGGAAGUUUGCCCAGCAGAGGGAAAAACUCCAGCCCAAGCUCCAGUUCCAGCUCCAGUUCCUCUGGUCCAGGCCAGGAACCCAUGUCCAUACAAUCAGAAAGACACAAGGUCACAGCUGUAGCCCUGGGCAGUUUCCCAGCAGGUGAGCAGUCCGGACUAGCUCUGAGACUCGGGGAGCCACUGACCAUUGUCUCUGAGGAUGGAGACUGGUGGACAGUCCAGUCAGAAGUCUCGGGCAGAGAGUAUCACAUUCCCAGUGUGUAUGUGGCUAAAGUCUCCCACGAGUGGCUGUACGAGGGCCUGAGCCGGGAGAAAGCUGAGGAACUGCUCUUGUUACCUGGGAACCCCGGAGGGGCCUUCCUCAUCAGGGAGAGCCAGACCAGGAGAGGCUGCUAUUCCCUGUCCAUCCGCCUCAGCCGCCCUGCAUCUUGGGACAGGAUCAGACACUACAGGAUACAGCGUCUUGACAAUGGCUGGCUGUACAUCUCGCCUCGCCUCACCUUCCCCUCACUCCAUGCCCUGGUGGAGCACUACUCUGAGCUAGCAGAUGGCAUCUGCUGUGCUCUCAGGGAGCCCUGUGUCCUGCAGAAGCUUGGCCCACUACCUGGCAAAGAUACACCUCUACCUGUGACUGUGCCAACAUCAUCAUUGAAUUGGAAAAAGCUGGACAGCAGCCUCCUGUUUCUGGAAGCACCUGCCAGUGGGGAGGCAUCUCUUCUCAGUGAGGGGCUCCGAGAAUCCCUCAGUUCCUACAUCAGCCUGACUGAGGAGAACUCCUUGGAUGAUGUCUAGUCCUAAAGCAGAAAGCUGGAGGGGAACCAACGCCGUGGCACCUAGAGCUCCACCUCAGCUGACCCAGACAAAGCUCCCUAGAGGCAAGGCUGUAAAAGCAGAGACGGCUGGGUCUGGGGGCACAGGCACAUUCAGGGCCCCCCUGGACCUUCUAUAAGUCAUGUAUCUUCUCCCAAGGCCUCAUCCUCACCUACAAUUUCUAGUCCAUGUGCAGCGCAGUUCGAAGGAGGGCCAGGCCUCAACAGAGAGUAAAGCACUUCAGAGGUCUGAUAAGUCACUACCUGAGAGGAAUGUCCAGUACAACAGCUAAGCAGCCCUACUAAAAGGUGGAGAGAUCAUCAUUUCCAUGGAGAGAAAAUAUAUUAGGAAAAUCCACAAGUCUCAUUCAGAAUGCAAACACAUCUCAGAUGGUAGGAUGGCCCAGAAAACAGACAAGAGGAACACUUGACGGCUUUACCACAGUAGACUCCACCUAACUCCCACGCAAGGGGAGACUGACAACCCAGAACUUCCCGUGGUCUCCCAGCAAGUCCUUUCAGCCAAGCUCAGUGUUCUUUCAAACACAGCCAGGUCCUCCCCAUACCCCAGUCUUGCCACCUGGUGGUCAAACACAAAAUGACACCAUUCAAAUCUCACAUCUAAACCUAUCUCAGUGCUCCGUCAGGACAUCAGGUGGUGGACCUUCUCCAAAAUACCAAAACCAAAGCAGUAACCUUCACCAACUCCAGUCAAAAGAGAGAGAGUCUGGCUGCUACUGCUGCUGAGGGAGGAAGGGGAAGCAGGAGCUAUGCUCAACACUGCUAGGUUCUGAGGGUAUGUCAGUAGGUAAGCAAGGCUUUAGUUUACCAGGCACGCCAACACACUUUCAGUUAAAGAUUUGUUUAUUCAAGUAUCUGAAAACAUCCUACAAUGGAAACUUAUUAGACGGCUGCUUGUAUUGUACCAUGGAGCACAUGGUGUUUUCAGAAGACUUGAGAUGCAGUGAUGGUUUAAAAA